AUGGGAAAACGCUCACAAACGACAAACUGCACUCAUGUAGACAUGGACCGUGUCUAUGGGCAUGACCAACAGUGCUCCGUUUGUGGCUGCUCAUCCUCCAUCGGCUUCCUCUAUCAAUGCAAACAGGACAAUGAAACUGAGCACCUCAGCGAUCUGAUAUCGCGAAACACAUCAAACAUCAUGCCAGUCAAAUCGAGGUUACGGAAAGAGCUGGAGAGAGCUGGGUUAAGCGAAAGUAUUAUUAUUGCCGCAGAGAGCGGACACUACACCAAUCAGCAAUUGCAGAAACUGAAGCAAAUGAAGCGCGAAUUGCAACAUACCAUCAUCGAUGUGCAACAGGCUGAUCAGGCCAACGAUGCCAUAUCCAGGCUUAUGGACAUGGCAAUGGCACCUUGUGGCACUGAUGGUGCCAUGAGUAGUCUACUCCCUGCAGAUACGGAACCUUCAGGAUGUAACUUCAAAGCAUGUCAUGGGUGCCGCCCCUAUUACUUGGACCGCGUCUACAUUUCUUUUGGAGCCGUCGUGGCAGGCGAAUUUUCACCUUUGACACGAGCAGACAUUGCAAAGUUGCCCGUCAGGCCCGCUGCAACUAUGCACAACAUCGGUAUGAGACGUCGACCACUACCAUCGUCCAGAACGUCCAAUGCCACACCAUCCACAAGGGCGACCUUCAAUUCCCCCGCCACGUCAACUAACCUCCGCCACUCGCCAUCCUCAAACACAACCGACUCCAGUGCCACCACAUUCCAGACAUCGCAAACCGACCUCGACGAAAUUGCAACCCGACGCCGUCCCCGCCUCAACUUUUACAAAAUCGGUCGUCUUCCAUCAAACAACCUGGCAUCCUCCCGCUCAUCCCCCCUCCUCCCCCAAGGCUUCAAGACAACAAUCCAAGGCAUGUUCCGCUACAACCGCGACCCCAGUUCCACCAGCACAUCCACCACCUGGGACACCGCAAACUCCACCUCCACUUCAACCUCCUCCUGUAAGACAACCCGCGUGCGCCGCCCCCGCCGAGAAAAUAAGCAUCACAAUCACCCUCAAAUCCCGCCCACAUCAUCAUCGUCAGCAGACAGCGCCAUAAGCACAAACUCAGCCUUUAAACUCUACCCCCUGGAGAAAGAAGCACAUACCCGCGUCACAUCGACGGGAAGGACGCACACGGCGCGAAUGCACAUACCAGAUGUAGCUACGAUUACGCUCACGGAUCCAGCGUCGCGAUUGGCAAAGUCGGGGGCUGUGGUCAGGACGAGGGAGGUUACUGGUGAGGUGCAGGGGCAGAGGAGAGGGGUGCAGAGUGUUAUGACGCAAGUUUGA